CCUCGCGACGCCCCGCCCCUUCGCGCCUGCGCCUGCGCCGUGCGCACGGACCGGCCUCGAGCUCCCCGGCGGGAGGUUUUUCUGUAUGAGUGGAGAAGACAGUUGUUGUAAGUGGAAGUGACACAACAUUUUUUUAGGAUGUCUGAAGAUGAAGAAAAAGUGAAAUUACGCCGUCUUGAACCAGCUAUCCAGAAAUUCAUUAAGAUAGUAAUCCCAACAGACCUGGAGAGGUUAAGAAAGCACCAGAUAAAUAUUGAGAAGUAUCAGAGGUGCAGAAUCUGGGACAAGUUGCAUGAAGAACAUAUCAAUGCAGGACGUACAGUUCAGCAACUGCGCUCCAAUAUCCGAGAAAUGGAGAAACUUUGUUUGAAAGUCCAACAGGAUGACCUAGUACUUCUGAAGAGAAUGAUAGAUCCUGUUAAAGAAGAAGCCUCAACAGCAAUAGCAAAAUUUCUCCAACUCCAUUUGGAAUCUGUAGAAGAACUUAAGAAACAGUUUAAUGAUGAAGAAACUUUAUUACAGCCUUCUUUGACCAGAUCCAUGACUGUUGGUGGAACAUUUCAUACUACUGAAGCUGAAGCUAGUUCUCAGAGUCUGACUCAGAUAACCGCAUUGCCUGAAAUUCCUCGAGAUCAAAAUGCUGCAGAAUCAUGGGAAACCUUAGAAGCGGACUUAAUUGAACUUAACCAACUGGUCACUGAUUUCUCUCUCCUAGUAAAUUCUCAGCAGGAGAAGAUUGACAGCAUUGCAGACCAUGUCAACAGUGCUGCUGUGAAUGUUGAAGAGGGAACCAAAAACUUGGGGAAGGCUGCAAAAUACAAGCUGGCAGCUCUGCCUGUGGCAGGUGCACUCAUCGGAGGAGCAGUGGGGGGUCCUAUUGGCCUCCUUGCAGGCUUCAAAGUGGCAGGAAUUGCAGCUGCACUUGGUGGUGGGGUGUUGGGCUUCACAGGUGGAAAAUUGAUACAAAGAAAGAAACAGAAAAUGAUGGAGAAGCUCACUUCCAGCUGUCCAGAUCUUCCCAGCCAAACUGACAAAAAAUGUAGUUAAAAACCAAACUUUGGUAUUAUUGGUGCCAACAUGUCUAUCCUAAUGAAAACCUUUGCUGCUAUUGGACACUCAGUCAGCUUUUGGAACACAAGUCUAUCAAGAGAGUGGCUGUAAAUGCUCAAGUGGGAUUGAACUGUGAUAAGUGGAUAUAUUUUGUUGUUUGCUGGAGUGUUAAUGGAGAUGUUAGAGAUUGAGGAUCCUGGGCUGAAGGUGUAUAAUGUCUGUCAGGCAAAGUUUGAAGACUGCCAAGGAGCAAAUUUUCUGCCUGGAAAUGUGAGAAUUGAACCUAUGACUCAGAUAAGGUCUUGAGAUGUGUGGAAGUGUUAGCUUAUGGUGGAAUAGUUGCUUCCACAACCCUGAGUUAGAGACCUUAAGGUGUAUUUGUAGAUUAUUUAGGCCUGUUAGCAAGGAAAAGAAUGGGAGUUCAGGAGCCUUUGUUAUCAGAUAGGGAAAUGAGAACCUAGUAAGAAGCACAGGUGAACUGCAUAAUGGAGUCAUUAGAUGAGCCCUGUUGCAAUUUGAUCCAACUAUAUUUUCUGGUGAAAGAAAUUAAUAGUAUAAGAAAAUGGAAAGAGAGGCCCAACUUCUCUUUCAAAUAUCUUCAUUUGUGACAGUGGCUUCUUUUCUGAGCUCUUCCUCUGCCUCUCUUUAAAUAAAGAACACAGAAUUUCAAGUGGUAGGAGACUUAUUAAGCCAGUCACCAAGCUUGCUCUGUCUACCUGUUUCCUGACACCUCAAAGAUCUAGUGUCCUUUGCUGUCCCUCCCUUGUAAUUUUGAAAAGUUUUUUGGUUUGUGGGGUGAACUCUAUCCAUAUGUAAUAAGGACUUUUCUCAUUGUCUUUUUUGUCUUAUCUCCCAUCUCUGUUCAUCCUUCCUGUAAAGUCUAGGUAAAAAAAGAAAGAAAAAGAAAUUUCCAGAUAUUUCCAACAUUGUUAGAGUUUGAGCUCAAAUGGGAGUAGGGGCAAGACAGGAGACCAUUUCCUGGGGCAUCUUCCAAUUUUGAGGGGCGAUAUAUCUGCCACACAGCGGGUCUCUGACCCAAAGGCUUUUCAGCUGGUCUUUGGGGGAGCUAAGAACUGGCUAUCUACCUCACUUCUGUUACUACCAUCCUUUUUCCCAGGUUCUUUAUCUCCUGUGCUUCCUUUUGCUUUUCACAGCUGCUAUUUCUUCCCAACAAUAGCAUUCAUACUUACCUUUUCUCACAGUCUGGAUGAUGAUGGACGAAGCCCAGUGCCAAGACUCAGACCCAGUGAACAGUUUGUGGUGCUAAUCCCAACAUUUAAUAUGGACAGCAAGCCUCAUCCAGCCCCACCCCACGUCUAUCUCAAAUUGCAGAAAGGCUUUAAAUUUAGGAAAAAGAAUUUAAGAAUACAGGUAGCUUCCCCUCUGUACCUCAACUAAUUUGAAAUAGGAAGGAACCACUUUUUGCCUUACUCUUUACUCUUUUCUGAAGACAGGAAUUGGCACCUGCACCCCAGAAGGUGUAAACUGUUUCUGUCAGGAGCCAGCGUUCAUCAUGGGAUUGAAUGGUUUAUCACUUAGCUUCUCUCUUGCUGAGUUUACUUUUAAUAACUUUUAUUGAUUGCUACUUUUCACUUCUGUGUCUAAUCUAAAGAGACCUUUCUCUUUCAUACUUUUUGAAUCUCACCAAUGAAUUCCAAUGAGACAAAGCACCAUUUAUCAUUAAAUAACUAGGAAGUAU